AUGUUUGCUCAUCGAACUGCCUUCACUCUCGCCCGGCGUACCCCCAUUAGGGCUCUUGCCAGGCGGUCUUUUUCCGCAUCAGUCAUCCGACGCGAUGCUGGGAAGCCGGCCACGUCGAAAUGGGACCCUAAGCCCGGAGAGCCUGUAGGCAAGCUUGUUUCAUUCGAGGAUAUCGCGGAACAAACCGACCUUCUACCUCCCGGUGCGAAGCCCGGAACCAUGCCCACAGACUACGAACAGGCAACCGGCUUGGAAAGAUUGGAACUUCUAGGAAAAAUGCAUGGAAUUGAUGUUUUCGAUAUGCGACCGCUUGAUUCGUCGAGAAUGGGAACCUUAAAUGACCCGAUCAUCGUCAAAUCUGGUGGAAAUGAGCAAUACGCCGGCUGCACUGGAUACCCCGCGGACUCCCAUUCUGUCGUGUGGCUCACGGUAUCCCGCGAUCGACCAAUCGAGCGAUGCUCAGAGUGUGGAAACGUCGUUAAGAUGGAAUAUGUUGGACCUGAGAACGAUCCCCAUGCUCAUCACGAUGAACACCACCAUGCUCACGAAGAUAUAAAGACUAUGGCUGACUUUGUCAAGCCCGAGUACUGGUAUAAAUAA